AUGUCGCGAGACCCCGACGAAGUGGAGCGUCUGAGUCAUGCUGCGUGCCUCAAAGCCGCCGUACACUACACAGUGGGACGCAUCUGCGAAGACAUGGCCGAAGCAGAGGGAGGUCUUCCUGUGCAGCGGGCAACGGUGGCUGCGUUUACUGAACUGGUGCACCACGAAGUGGGCCGUGUGGCUCGCGACCUUAGUAUGCUGGCACUACACUGUCGCAGAAGCACCGUGACUGCUGACGACGUGCUGUUCAUCGCGAGAAACUCUGGCGAGUUUCACGAGUAUCUCCAGAGCCUGUUGCCCACGCCCAAGAAGAUCGACGGCAAGCGUAAAGUUUCUGCCAAGGGUCCUCAAGAAUGA